UAUCUCAGGAGCAUGCCUCAAGAUGCCGGUGGAUCCAUGGAUGGAUGGUAAGGUAGGUACCGGCACACACAGGGACUUGUAGCAAGCUCUGACUUUGCGGGUCAAUUAGACUAUUUCAAUUACUAACGUAAGGUGUAGACGAUAGAAAAUGGAGAAGAGGACUGUGCUAGUGUUGGUGGCAAUUGUCGCCAUUGUGGCCAUUACUCUUGCGAUUGUGAUUCCCGUGGUGGUUGUCAAGGGGAACAGCGCUUCUACUAGCACAAGAGAAGGAGAUCAUUCAACGGGUGGGCCGUUGCCAGAAAAGUAUCAAUCUGCAUUGAACUUUCUUUUGGAAAACCUGCCAGAGGAUCUUCAGGAGGAACUUGCUGUUGCUGCUGAUCAGGAGCAACAACAACAGGAACCAGAUUCCUUCCCGCCUCAGCUGCAAGCAUUGAACUGGCUGGCUUACGAAGAUACCUAUAGUACACCGGAUCUUGCCUUUUCCUUGGACACUAACAAGACCCUCCAGCGGUAUGCACUGGCCACAUUUUACUUUGCCAUGGGAGGCGACAACUGGAGAGAUUGUCCGGGAAGAUCAAUGCAGUACUGUGAAUGGACCAUUCCAGGACAAGCAAAAUGGUUGUCCCCAGUAGACGAGUGUGAAUGGGCCUUUCUCACAUGCAAUGAAAAUGCUACACUAGAGGAGAUACGGGUCGAAAAGGGUGAUGGAGGCCUAUAUGGAAACAGUGUGAUUGGUACUCUUCCCAAAGAAAUGUCUCUUCUUUCGAACCUCAAGACAUUUGAUGUUGCCACUAACCUCAUGAUGGGAGGUCUAGGCACGGCAUUCUCAAGUACCACGUCUUUGAUUGUCUUGCGUGCUCCCGAAAACCAACUCACGGGGGACUUUCCCAAUCAGAUCCUACCCAACAACCCAAACCUGGAAGUAUUGGACCUGAUGAACAACAAGGGUGUUCAGGGAUACAUACAGUUAUUAUUAGACCAUCCCUCUUUGAUCCAUGUGAACGUGGCUGGCACGGGAGUCGAUGGGUUCGUGGUGACUAAUACUAGUAGCAGCAGCAGCAGCGUCCUUCAAGUACUGGAUUUGAGCAGAACCAACAUCUCAGGCACGCUUCCUACAGGACUUGCCAGUCUCUCCAAUCUCCAGGAAUUGUCGCUGGAUUAUACACCUAUAUCAGGAACGUUGCCGUCAUGGAUCUCCAGUCUCUCCAAUCUACAAGUAUUGUCCAUGGAUCACGCCAACCUGCAGGGUUCUUUGCCAGAGGAGCUCUUCAACCUGACACAUCUAAAGAUACUGCAGCUUCCCAUGGCUGGUUUUUCUGGUAGUAUCCCUCCAUACGUCAUUGCCAAGCUUACCGACCUGGAGCGCCUCGACUUGAAUGGUAACAACUUUACAGGGACCAUUCCAGAAGCCAUCCGGGCAUGCAGUCUUCUCAUCGAUCUGGUACUGUCUAACAAUGAACUUACCGGGUCCAUCCCGGAGGCAUUGGACCAUCUAACCCAUCUUGAAACGCUGGUUCUCGAGGGCAACCAUCUGACUGGUACCAUAUCUUCCACGUUGUGCCAUGGUCUCGGUUAUAGACAAUACCAGCUUGAAACUAUUGCUGUGGACUGUGUGGUCGAGUGCGCUUGCUGUGUUUCUUGUCGAAGUGACUGAGAAUUCACCGGAAGCAACCAGCCAAGUAUUGUCAGGUGGCUGGAGGAGACCAUGUAUGUCCUGCAUGCGUCUAUUGGUAGAAUAUGCAUUAUACUUUGUUGACCAACGAGGUAAUGGACUUUGUCUAAAGUAGUUUAUAAAGUAUUGAAUGUUGUGUC